AUGGCAUAUUCGGGUUAUGUUAGUACCCAAAUUAGAAAUCACACUGCGAAAUGGAUGCAGGAUACAAGCAAGAAAUCUCCUAUGGAGAUAAUCAAUGAAGUCCCUCCAAUCAAAGUUGAAGGCCGGAUUGUUGCUUGUGAAGGAGAUGACAAUCCUGCAUUGGGACACCCAAUUGAAUUCAUAUGCCUUGACUUGAAAGAGCCCGCUGUAUGCAUGUAUUUUGACCUGAGCUACGUUCAGAAGCAUCAUCACUAGAACUGCUGUUAUGUCUUUCUCAGGCUGUUGGGAUAUUUGUUAUUUUGCAGCAUUUGUGUGCUUCUCUGUUAAAGCUGUUGGUAACAAAUUCGUUGAACCCAUUUUAAUGUAAUGCCCCCCCCCUUCUUUUUCACA